GAUUCUAUUCCAUUCCCCAAACCAACCCACCACCACCUCCCCCUCCUCCCCUCCCAUUCCGCCUCGCCGCCGCCGUCGCCAUGCCCGGCGCGGCGGCCCACGCGGUGGAACCCCGCGGCACCGCCGCACCCCCUCCACCCGUGGCCGCCGCGGCGACGGCGGCGGCGGCAGGGGGGCCGUGCGAGCCGGUGCGCAAGGCGGGCCCCGUGACCAUGGAGCACGUGCUUCUGGCGCUCCAUGAGACGGAGGCGGAGCGGGAGGCGCGGAUCCGGGACAUGUUCGGCUUCUUCGACACGUCCGGGAGGGGCCAGCUCGACUACGCGCAGAUCGAGGCCGGCCUCGCCGCGCUGCAGGUCCCCGCCGAGUGCAAGUACGCGCGGGAGCUGCUCCGCGCCUGCGACCGCGACCGCGACGGCCGCGUCGGCUACGACGACUUCAGGCGCUACAUGGACGACAAGGAGCUCGAGCUCUACCGCAUCUUCCAGGCAAUCGACGUCGAGCACAACGGCUGCAUCCUCCCCGAGGAGCUCUGGGACGCCCUCGUCAAGGCUGGUAUAGAGAUUGAUGAUGAGGAGCUUGCACGAUUUGUCGAGCAUGUGGACAAGGACAACAAUGGGAUUAUUACUUUUGAAGAAUGGAGGGAUUUUCUUAUGCUUUAUCCCAAUGAAGCAACAAUCGAGAAUAUUUAUCAUCACUGGGAAAGAGUCUGCCUUGUAGAUAUAGGUGAACAGGCUGCUAUACCAGAAGGCUUAAGUAAACAUGUCAGCGCCAGCAAAUAUCUGAUUGCAGGAGGCAUUGCUGGUGCAGCAUCUCGUACUGCAACGGCACCUCUUGAUCGUCUUAAAGUGAUCAUGCAAGUGCAAACAACGCGUACUACCGUCACACAUGCAGUUAAGGAUAUAUUUAUCCGGGGUGGUCUAUUGGGAUUUUUUAGAGGUAACGGUUUGAAUGUUGUAAAAGUUGCUCCAGAAAGUGCAAUAAGGUUUUAUGCAUACGAGACAUUGAAAGAGUAUAUAAUGAACAGCAAAGGAGAAAAUAAGAGUGCAGUUGGUGCUUCUGAACGCCUCGUUGCUGGUGGUUUGGCUGGUGCAAUAGCACAAACAGCAAUUUAUCCCAUAGAUUUGGUAAAGACGAGGCUGCAGACUUUCUCUUGCGAGAGUGGUAAAGUUCCUAGUCUUGGUACAUUAUCAAGGGAUAUAUUGAAGCAUGAAGGGCCUCGAGCAUUCUAUAGAGGUCUCGUUCCAUCAUUGCUUGGUAUUGUCCCUUAUGCUGGAAUUGAUCUUGCCGUAUACGAGACUUUAAAAGAUGCCUCGAGGACAUAUAUAAUAAAGGAUACCGAACCUGGUCCUCUAGUACAAUUGGGUUGUGGUACUGUUUCUGGAGCUUUGGGAGCAACAUGUGUUUACCCUUUACAGGUUAUUAGAACAAGACUGCAAGCUCAACAAGCCAAUUCAGAGGCUGCAUAUAAAGGAAUGUCUGAUGUGUUCUGGAGAACCCUACGGCACGAAGGCGUUUCUGGAUUCUACAAAGGAAUCCUACCAAACCUCCUUAAAGUGGUGCCUGCUGCAAGCAUUACCUACCUAGUUUAUGAGGCGAUGAAGAAAAAUCUGUCUCUCGAUUAAAUUCUGGAAUUGUUUUGCAAACCGGCCAUUAUUAUUGGCAUGGCUGACUGUAGAGAUAAUGACGACACAUGAAUUUACUGGUUAAAGAGCUCCUUUUUUGAUGCGAAAGAUGGUGCCUUCAGGAUAGAACUGAAAGCUAUUGCUAUCCAUCCUACUUGUUAAAUGAAAACAAAGAGAUUGUCAUGA